AUGACAAAAAAUAUGGAGGUAACGAGGCCCAAACGGUCAGGUACUGCCAAUGUGGAUUAUAAUCUGAAAAAGAGACGGAUUAUUCCAAGUGAUGAUUAUCCAACGAAAAGUACAUCCUCAAUAUCUUCAUCACCGUCCCAAGAACCAUCGACAGAACCUAUUGGACCAGUCAUUCUUAAGGAUAGUAAUGGAAAUAUAACGUUUCAGGAGCCGCCAGUGCAUGAUCCAAUAAAUGCUAUGACAGGGACGCCAUUAUCUCAGAAGCCGAAGGGAUCGAGUAACAACAACAGUAACAAUAAUAAUAGUACCAAUAACAUCAAUAAUAACGACAAUGAUGAUAGCAAUAAUAGAAGUGGUAAACACAGAAAUGGUAACAAUAAGAAGAAGAAAUCCAAUAUAUUACAGGCAUUAAAGAGCAGCAUGGAGGCUAAAUAUGAGGGACAACUACAAACUGAAAAAUCAAAUGAAUUGACCGUACAAAGUCAUGAACGCAUAGGAGCGAACACUCCCACUAAACACAACAAAAAUUCAGGAAUUAAACAAGAGGCUGACUCGGAUUUUAUGCUACAGGAUCCUAUACGAAAUUCGCCCAGUAAAUCGAUAGCACUAAAAAUGGCGAAAAGGUUGAAAUCUACCAAGGAUAAAGAUACCAAGUUAUUUGGACAAAAUGAUAAAGCUUCUCAUUUACAUAUUCCAGAAAUUGAUCCGGAUAAUAACAAGGAAAAUGACGAUUUUUGUUCCAACUGUCAUGGUCCUGGGGUGUUCUUAUGCUGUGACACUUGUCCAAAAUCUUUCCAUUUUGCUUGCUGUAACCCACCUUUGGAUCCAAGCCAUCUACCAGAAGGUGAUUGGUCUUGUGAUGAAUGCCGAUUCAAGCAAUGGAUCAAGUCUAAUAAAUACGGACUGUCCUCUGAAAAAAAGUUGAAAACAAGGUUUUUACAAGACCAUUUCAAGCAACCCGGGUAUCAGUUAUUCGGUACUCUAACAUUUGAUCUUCAAAGGAAAAAUCCGUUCCAAUUUCAAUUGCCGUCUAUUAUCAAAUCAACGUUCGAUUCGGUCUCCUCGGGGUCGCAAGGAGAAUAUCGUGACGAACACUUUAAAGAAAAUAUCAAUGAAAAACAAAUUUUUCAUUCCGCGUACGGGCAGUCUGUCACACGGAUGGAUUCUUAUCAGCCAGAGUAUCAUUUCAACCAGGAUUCUGGAGAACUUUUAGUGUGCUAUAAUUGUGGAGAAUCAAAGAUGGGAACAUGGGACCAUCCGGACUCCCAACGACUGAUAAUGACUUGCGAUUACUGUUCAACACCAUGGCACUUAGAUUGUCUUCCACUGCCUAGAGCAUCCUUGAAAAACCUGGGAUCGAAGUGGAAAUGCCCGUUGCAUGCCCCAUUACCAAAAUCAUACAAAAGACGUUUAGCAAGGGGAAAACAGAAAUAUAUAGUACUUCCAAUAGGAAGUAGAAACAACGGAGAUACAGAAAUAGCAAUAGAUGCGGACUCCUGGACUUUAUCAAAACUUACAGAACAGAAUGUCGCACUAGAGUUUUUAGAUAAGGUUUAUCAGGCGAAACGUGUACAGCAGUUUGAAGACUUGUGUCAGCAUUCUACGAUUUUAGACAAAUUAGUUGCAGCAGAAAAUCAAACCCCGAUAUUGAAUGAUAUAUCCAACCUCUUAUACUUCCAAACGUCCGGUACCCUCAAAAGAUUAUGGGACUUUAAGGAACUCUGUAAAAUAUCGGAACAACAAUUGCUGAAGGAAAAGGCAAAAAUUCAACCCAUAGAUGAGUCCGAGUUAACGAUUCUUCAAAAGUUGAAAACGCUUUUAGAGUCGAAACCGAAAAAAGAAGUUCUUGAAUUUUUCAAACUUACUCAAUAG